UUAAAAGGAUUGUUAAUAUCUUAGUGUAAUUUUUGCAUUUCACAAAUUCAUCCCAAGGGCCGGAUCUGGCCCCCGUGCCGCAUGUUUGACACCUGUGAUGUACGGUCUUUUUAAAGGUCACGUGGAUUUAUUAAACACAUUCAAUAUACGACAGUGUCAUCGGAUCUGAAACCGCACCCUAUGUGUAGAGUAAAAGCCUCCCAGUGAUAUCUGAUCAGGAAAUGUGUAAAACUAGACACCUCCGACUCGGUGACCAUUUGAAUGUAGGUUAUCCCCGAGAACUUAUCUGUGCUCAGUUCAUUCAUUGGUGUGCAGAGUGGGACUUGUCAAAGGGUGUGUGUUUAAUGGUGUGUGUACAUUAUAUAGGAGGCGUGUGCUUGUAGUGGGCGUCUCCUUAAAAGUCAGUGAGCAGCAGAACAUGUGCUCAAACACACUUCGUAGGUGUGUUAUGUUACGCCAUUCAUUCGACUUUGCUCUUUAUAUCAUUCGUAUAAUUCCAGACGCUCUCUUUUUGCUUCCUACUUCCUACUGCUGGACUAUUUACUUUAGUGAGGAGUUUUUUCCGACAUAGUUUUUUCUAAGAAAUAGAGAGAAGGUGGGAGGAGUCAGGCUGAAGUGUGCCUCUCUCUCUCUCUCUCUCUCUCGCUCUCUCCCUCUCUCUCUCUUCCAUUCUGUCAUUGCCAUCUCGGCAGAACACAGUCUGUUCAUUCCCAGCCACGCUGAAUGUGGGGGGACAGCACUCUUUUGACUUUGUUUGGGACACAAUUUACAGAGGAAUAUAUUCUUUUUCUUCAAACAAGCAGCAAGAAGACAAAAGAAGAAAGACAGUGCAACAAGGAUUUUUUUUCUUCGCUUUUUUCUAAUUGAAUUGAGGAACACGUGACAGCCGGUUUUGCCACUGGAUUCUUUCACACAAUACGUGAGGUUGUCUGUUUACUCUUCUUUUGAUGCUGUGCAUUUUAGUCGUAGUUUAAGAGUAAAUUGUCAUAAAUCAGAAUGGUUGCUGGGAUGUUGAUGCCCCUACGGGACCUGAGGGCCAUUUAUGAAGUCCUGUUUCGAGAUGGCGUCAUGGUGGCCAAGAAAGACAAGAGGCCUCAGAUCAAACACCCUGAGGUGGAAGCUGUAACCAACCUACAGGUGAUCCGUGCUAUGGGUUCUCUCAAGUCUAGAGGCUACGUGAAGGAGACAUUCGCCUGGCGUCAUUUCUACUGGUACCUAACGAAUGAAGGCAUUGUUUACCUGCGUGACUACCUCCGCCUGCCCCCUGAGAUCGUCCCUUCAUCCCUGCAGAGGAUUCGGAAACCAGCCGCCACUUUAGCCAUUGCACACCGUGCUGCACGGGUCCAAUCUGUGGACGGUCCCACGUCUUAUGUCCCCAAACCAGGACGCCGGGUCGAUGCCGAAAGUCAGGAUGCACUGGCCGAACGUCAAGGCUACCGCCGUAGGAUGAUGGGUCCAGGAGAUAAAGAGAGCUACUCUGAUAGGACCCCCAGAUUUAGGGGCCGUCCACCGGCUGCAGAACCAGCCAGACCAAAAGCAUCAUGGGAUAUGAGGGAGCAGCCUGAGCCUCUGUACAAGGAAAAAGAAAGGUUUGGCAAUGAAACGGUGAAUAUUGAGGAGAGUAGAAUGAGGAGAGUGUACCGCCAACAGCCUGAUGUCAGCAGCGAAAGGCCAGUAAUAACACAGGAGAAAAGAGCUGCUGAGGUUUACAAGGAGAAGGCCACAGGUUCUGCCCGGGUUCAGAAAACAGCGACGAAACAGGAUGUAUCCGAAACCAGUCAGGUGUCGUCGUAUUCCAAAACAGCCCUACCAUUAACUGCUGCAGCCAGUACAGGUGCUGCAAAAUUAAAGGUUCAAGCUGAACCCUCUACCCUGAAAACAAAUAAAGAUGAGCCCAAGAUCAACGAAGAAGAGGCUUUGAUGAAGUCUUCUGUAAUGAGUACUCCAGUUAACUCACUUCCUGAUACAGAGGUCAAAGGGCAGAAAACCAAGACAGAGGUGAUUGUGGAUGCAGAGGUCAAAGCUCCUGCUGUUCCUAUAACAGAUGAAGUCAAUCCUCAGGUACCUGCUCAGGAAGUUACUACGAUCCUCAACGACGUCACUACUUCAACAAAACCUGCCAUGAAAGACGCUGACAAAGGCAAAAUCCAGGAAGUAAAGGUGAUCCACAAGUUGACCAAACCUGCAGAAGUGAAGACACCAGUUGAACCUCAGAUAGUUGCAGUGACAGCCAAGAAAACUGUAAAACAGGAUACCGCAAAAAUAAGAGAUCAGCUUAAGGAUGAUGCAACAAGUAAGACAGUUUUGUCCACUGACGAGGUUAAAGUAGAGGGAAAAGUGACUGAGAAAUUGACAAAACCUGCAGAAGUUAAAAAAUCAGUUGAACCUGAAAUAGUUGAAGUGAUGACCAAGAAAACUGUAAAACAGGACACCGCAAAAGUAAGAGACCAGCUUCCUGAUGAUGAUAUAAUUAAGCCAGUUUUGUCCACUAAUGAGGUUAAAGUACCUAAAGAGGGAAAGGAGACUGAGAAAUUGACAAAACCUGCAGAAGUGAAGACACCGAUUGAACCUGAAAUAAUUGAAAUGACCGCCAAGAAAACUGUAAAACAGGAUACCACAAAAAUAAGAGACCAGCUUCCUGAUGAUGACAUAAUUAAGUCAGUUUUGUCCACUGAUGAGGUUAAAGUAGAGGGGAAGGUGACUGAGAAAUUGACAAAACCUGCAGAAGUUAAAAAAUCAGUUGAACCUGAAAUAGUUGAAGUAACAGCCAAGAAAACUGUAAAACAGGACACCACAAAAAUAAAAGACCAGCUUCCUGAUGAUGCUACAAGUAAGCCAGUCUUGUCCACUAAUGACGUUCAAAUACCUCAAGAGGGAAAGGUGACUGAGAAAUUGACAAAACCUGCAGAAGUCAAAACACAGGUUGAACCUCAAAUAGCUGAAGUGACAGCCAAGAAAACUGUAAAACAGGACACUGCAAAAAUAAAAGAUCAGCUUCCUGAUGAUGAUAUAAUUAAGCCAGUUUUGUCCACUGAUGAGGUUAAAGUAGAGGGAAAGGUGACUGAGAAAUUGACAAAACCUGCAGAAGUGAAGACACCGGUUGAACCUGAAAUAGUUGAAGUGACAGCCAAGAAAACUGUAAAACAGGAUACCAAAAAAACAAGAGACCAGCUUCCUGAUGAUGCUACAAUUAAGCCAGUUGCAUCCACUAAUGACGUUAAAAUACCUCAAGAGGGAAAAGUGACUAAGAAAUUGACAAAACUUGCAGAAGUUAAAACACAGGUUGAACCUCAAAUAGCUGAAGUGACAGCCAAGAAAACUGUAAAACAGGACGCCGCAAAAAUAAGAGACCUCCCUGAUGAUGACAUAGUUAAGCCAGUUUUAUCCACUGAUGAAAUUAAAGUACCUCAAGAGCCCAGUGUUGCUAAAGUAACCUCAGCAAAGCCUAAAAUUAUUGAAACAACCACAACAACCGAGUCGACAAUACUUGAUGUUAAAACUACAGUCGGUACAACAGUCAUCCCAGUGACUGCUAUUAUUGCUGAAAAAACUAAAUCCGUUCAGGGAAAGUCUGCUGUAGAAGAGAGAAUCACAGAAGCAGCUAAAACUGAAGUGAUUCCUCCUGUCACAAAAGCUGAAAAGGUGGAGAAACAGGAGAUUCUGACGGUACAGGAACCAAUGGUAGCUGAAAAGGAUUCUUCUUCCAAACAAGUGGCUGAAGCAAGCUCUAAAUCUAAAAGAAAGAAAAAGAAAUCUCCAGGUGAGAUAUCCAAGAAUGUCACUGCUGAGAAUACAUCAGUUACAAAGGUGGAGAAGGAACAAACUAUAAAAGAGAAACUUCAUGAGGAGGAAAAAGUUGUCCAACCACCAGCUGCUACUAUAAGGCCAGUGUCUGCAGAGAAAAACAAGGCUGAGGAUAAAGAUGAUAUUAAUGGGGAGCAAAUUUCUACAGAAAGUGAGAAGCCAAUAAAGGAAAUCCCUGAACAAUCUAUCUCCCAGAGCGCUGCAGUGCCCCCGGUGGAGAUUCAGGAUAAUACAAAACAAAUGGAGAAGACUGAAGAACACAAAGUCAGCAAAAUCAGCCUGCAGGAAAUCUGCCCAGAGGACCAGUCAGUUUCAACUCUGACGAAAGAAACCACUGUCACUAAGGUGGAAACUGUGACUGUGCAGAAAAUAACUAAGGUUGAGAUCACAAAUGUAAGUUUACAACCUGAAGACAAAACUCCUGCAGCUCUGACAGAAACAGUGGAGUCUAAAUCCUCUGUGAACACAGGCAAAGCUGCAGAGGAAUUCCCCAAGUCUAAGAAGAAAGGGAAAGGCAAAAAGCAAAGCCAGGCCUCAGUAUCAGAGCCUGUCAACGUAAAGACUAAAGCAGAUGCCCUGUCAUCUACCGAGGUCACAAAACUGCCCAAGGAUGCACCCAAAGACAGUCCUGUCGUGACCUGUGAGCCGACAGACACCAGUGUUUCUCCAAAGAUGAAUUCUGAAAGAAUGUGCAGUGAGGAAAUCAUGCAGGCAGCAGCUGUGCUCUGUGAGGCCCCAGCAGACAAAAGAGAGGUGGAGCCAGCGCUGGGCUUUGCAGAAAAAAUCAAGCGGGAGGUUCCGAAAGCAAAAACAUCCUCCAGUGUGAGGGAAGCACUCGCAGCCGGAGAAUUAGCGUCAGCAGCAGCGUCAGCGUCAGCAGCAGCAGCAGUCAGAGCAGAGGCAGCUGCAGCUCAGGCUCAGGCUCAGGCCAACCCCCUCCAGCAGCCGGAGCCUCCCAGCGUUGCACAACAACACUCGGCCACUCGGGCGGCAGAGACACAGGAAAGGCUUUCAGUUUCUGAGGCCUCCAAGAAGAAGAAGAAGGACUCUGAGGAGGACACACCCUCUGGCGCUGACACACCCGCCACCGGCCGGCUUCACCUUGUGGACACCUGCAAGUCCAGCUCUGAAACAGACGAGGCCAACAUGAGGAAGAAAAUAGUAGUUGUGGAGGAGAUAAUUGAGGUGAAGCAGAUUAUUAGUCCUGAUGGAACUCAGGGACAGUCCCCGCCUCCACCUGUGCCCGCUGAGGCUGAAGGAGAGGAGCUGGACCUGGAUGUUUUGGAGGCCAUUGCCAUUGAGCGUGCGCUUUUAUCAGGGGCGGCGGCGGUGCCCGGGGGGGUGUACGGGGCCUCACCUGAAGCCGACUGGGACCACUCACUGGAGGAGCCUGAGGAGAAGACCUGGCCCAACUUUGUGGAAGAUGAACGGGAUCGAGUUCAGAAAAAGACCUUCACAAAAUGGGUGAACAAGCAUUUGAUGAAGCAUUGGUGGGUAAAGGCCCAGCGCCACGUCACAGACUUGUACGAAGACCUUCGAGAUGGACACAACCUCAUCUCCCUGCUGGAGGUCCUGUCUGGGGAGACACUGCCCAGAGAGAAAGGACGCAUGCGAUUCCACAAACUGCAGAACGUACAGAUCGCUCUUGACUUUCUCAGACACCGGCAGGUGAAGCUGGUCAACAUCAGGAACGAUGACAUCGCCGACGGAAACCCCAAACUGACCCUGGGUUUGAUCUGGACCAUCAUCCUCCACUUCCAGGUCUCCUCCUCAAUCUCAGACAUCCAGGUCAACGGUCAGUCCGAGGACAUGACGGCCAAGGAGAAGCUGCUGCUGUGGUCUCAGAGGAUGACAGAUGGAUACCAGGGCAUCCGCUGUGACAACUUCACCACCAGCUGGAGGGACGGAAAGCUCUUCAACGCCGUCAUUCACAAGCACUAGUGAGUUGAAUGCUCAUUGAUUCAUGUGUGGAAGGAAGUUUUUGGUUAUUUCUGUCAAGUAGUAACUUUCCUUUUUGUUAUUAUAAAGAGAAAACGAAAAUCAAAUCUGUUUUUUAAAUCAGGUUUAUGUUUUGACACUGAAAAAGAAAAACGUCUUGAAAUUCAAUUUUAAUUCUUCUAUUUUAAAACGAAAAUCAAUUAACCACUAGUUUUUCUUUUGUUUCUGAAAAGAAAAUACAAUUACCAACACAUGAUAGGCACAUGUAGGCUAAAGAACGUGUGAAAUUUGAAAAAAAAUUUUGAUGAAUCAUGUCUGAGAAAUUGGUUGGACAAAUUGUUGAAGCUGAAA